CUAUAUUUGUCCCUCUGAUUUACUCAUUUAAAAAUCCUGCCGAUCACUUCCAACGAAUAUUUUACAUCUUCACAAUAGCCAUAACUAUAUAUCUAUUGCAGUGUUACCUAGUAACAGACCACAGCAGCCCUGUCUCUAAAGUAUUCUUGGUGUUAAAGAAGCUGGGAACUGUAGCUUGCACUGAACUGAAGCCCGACAAAUGAAGUAGUGUUUCCCUUUAAAAAGAUCAAUCUGACGUAACGUGACGCAGAUGCUUCCGUCCAUAUACCCUUGUGCCUCUCCUCCUCACGCGGCAGCCAUCCAGUGCAUCUCCCUGCAUCCCUCUUGACUCAGCCCCCUCUCUCCCUCCUCCCCACUCCUCCUCGGACGUGCCGCCACUCCAUCAGGCGGAGCUCUUGGUGGAGGACAUGAGGGACACAACAACAACAACCGUGGCGAUGGAACUGUGGACGGACUAACAGGGAAGCCGGGCACAGACUCCAGGCUCUCAGUGUAGAGCUGAAAAACUCAGAGAAAAGGUUAGAACACAAGAAACCUCAAGUUACACGAGACGUUGCCUGGCUCCAUGUCUGCCCCUGCUCCGCCCAAUCAGAGGUCUACGUCGGUCUCUCGCCGGUUUGACUACUGCAGGUUCAUAGAGUUAGACUACGUGCCCAUGGAGUCAAGCUAUAUGGUGUCAAUGCGCCCAACUAAAGGCUAUGUAUCUACCAAGUCACCGACCAAGGGAUACGCUUCCACCAAGUCUCCGGAUCGCCACAGUCGUUCAACAAACUCUCCCUCCACCCCUCGCUCCCGGCGCACUCCAGCUGCGGCCAGUAAUAGAGAUCCCUAUGGAAACGCUUCUCUCAGCAGCAGCAGCAACUCAGGCUCAUGUAAAGGCAGUGAAUGCAGCCCUACCAAAGGACGCCAUCAGAAGUACACGUCAUGUACAGACAACCAUGGCAUUCGGCCUCCUCCACCAGAGCAGUACCUCACACCCCUUCAGCAGAAGGAGGUGUGUAUCCGACACCUGCGGGCCAAGCUAAAAGAAACCAUCAACACCCUGCAAGACAGGGACACGGAAAUAGAUGAGUUGAGAGGCCGGCUUUACAGAAUGCAGGAGGACUGGGUUGAAGAAGAGUGCCACCGUGUAGAGGCUCAGCUGGCCCUGAAGGAGGCGCGUCAGGAGAUCCAGCAGCUCAAAGAGGCUGUGGAUACUGUUCGUGCCAGGCUGAGCGAUGCCGGAGGCAUCAGUGGAGACGUAGGGGUCCAGAAGUACUUCCAGGAUAUCAACGCUCAGAACCACAAGCUGGAGAACCUUUUGCUGAGUAUGGAGUUGGCCCAGGCUGGAUUAGCAAAGGAGGCGGAGGCUAUGCCAGGCUGUCGGACCCGCGUUGGGGGUUCAGCACCAGCAUCUGUUUCAGGAGAAAGUCCUGGCGGAGUACCCAAACUUACUGUAGGAGGAAGAGGGUCUUGCUCUUGUGAUGGCUCCCCAGCCCGGUCUUUAACUCGGAGUUCCACCUACACAAAGCUGAGUGAUCAGGCACUGGCGGACCGCAACGACAACGGGUCGGAUUUUCCUUGUCUUUCAGGUGACGGCACCCAGGACAGCGGCUUUGUGUGCUGUGGGGAGAGUAACAUCCCCAGCCGGGCUGACCUUCUGCUGGAGGCCGCAUUCCUUUCUGAGGAAACAGCAUCUUUACUUAAUUCCUACACGCAGACCUUCUCCCACUCUCUUCCCCAUUCUCAUCCCCACUCUCUGCCAAACUCACUGUCUCACACCUACUCACAUACCUUACCUCAUUCUUUCCCUCACAAUUUGUCCCACUCUGUGCCGCAUACUAUGCCACACUCUUCUACCUAUGAGAAGCUGUGCACAGGGGAGCGACUGGCACCCUUUCGUUGUGGUCUGGGUGGAGUGAACUGUAUGAGCCACCCCUGCCUCUCCCACCACCAUCUGUACCUGCACCCUUUAAGGGAGACUGGCAUUCAGACAGAAAGCUGCCCCAUCCCUACAGCAGCAGGGUAUCCCUCCGAUCUGGAUACCAUUGCAGAGCAACGUACUUUCCGGUCCCAGGCCUGCAGCCCCACUUCAACCUGGAUGUCUGAUGAAGGGGAUGAGGAGUUGGACUCCAUUACCACCACAACUUCAGUAACCACAGCAACAGUCAUGAGUACAGCAACAGAGCCAAUCCCCAAAACUCCAGUGGUCCCAUCUUUACCACGGUCCGCCACUGUUGCGUGUUCCAUGGAAAGUCCUGUGCAUAAAGAGAAAGAGUAUGGAGAGGAGGAGGAAAAGCAGGAGAAAGAGGAAAAAGAGAAGGAAGCAUUUGUGGCAGAAGAGCAGGUGGAGAUUGUUGUGAUCAAACUGGCAGAAGAAAGGCAACAGAUGCUGAUUAGUUCAGUGGGAGAGAAGAUAGAAGGGCAGGGUGCUGAAGAGAAGCUGGCUCAAGGAAAACUCUGUGAUCUUGCUGAGAUGCCAGCAACAUGGCAGGGUGAGCUUAAGUUAAGAGGAUGCUGUGGAGAAGGCAGGCAGGGUGGGAUAUCAUUUGAAAACCUCGGAGUUGUGGACACGCAGCAAGAAAGCUGUCCUUUACAAGAAUCAACCCAGGUAGAGACACCUCACCUGAGUCCGAGUCAUAAAGAAUCGCCUCCAGCUAUAGAAAAGCCUCACACAAUCCAGCCAAGAAGGUCUACUUCCCAUGAGGAGAUAGGUGGUGUUACAGUAGUGGAGGUGCACGAUGAGGACAAUGAUAACGGUGAAACAAAAGAGCACGGUGCCACAGGGGACACUGCAGAAGAGAACGGAGAAUCAUCUAGCUCUGGGACGAUUCAGAAAAGCUACUGGAGUCGUCACUUCCUAGUUGAUCUGCUUGCGGUGGCCAUUCCUGUGGUGCCGACGGUGGCGUGGCUCUGUCGCGGUCCAGUCCGGGAAGGACAGCCAAUGUAUCACAUAGGAUCACUGCUGAGAGGCUGUUGCACUGUGGCGUUGCACUCGCUGCGCAGGGGAGGCGGGCUGAGGCACUACCCCGCAGGCGGGGGAGACCUAGGGGGAUCACAGAUAUAAGAGGAAAAUCUGUUCAGCACCUCUGUGGCCCUUAACCAUGACCUUUCCUGUAUAAGUUUUCUCUUGGAAGAUUCAAGUGCAAAAAGACGAGGACUUCCUGUCCUGCAGUUUCCGCCCAAGAAUAGGCAAGAGGGGUAUAAGAAACAGGAAAUGUGAAGCUCUUGGACUGGCAAGCUCUGCCCUGUUUUGGUUCUGCUCUGCAAUGUCUGUCACCCAAUGUUCCUCAGCCUUGCUACCAAGAUGUCUGCCAGCUCUACUGGCUUGUGGAAAAGUAAAUGAGCUGAUUGAAAUGAAUGAUGCCUGGAUCUUUGAUGCCGAUUGUUUCUUUUGAUCUUAAAUGCAGGGAAAACUGUAAAAGAUUCAUUGACUACUUAACCUAUGAAUUCUAACACAUUUGAAUGGUUGUGUGUGCAUAUGUGGCAUAUAUGUAUAAGAGCUUGUAUACAUGUGUAACCAAGUUACAAAAAGCUACAGCUUCACCAAGUCAUUAAGCAAUGGCUGAGGGGAAAAUCCACUCUAAAUCAGAAUUUACAUGUUUCCUACAACUGCAGAUGGUUUUCAUUGAUCUUCAAGACUGAAAUCUCGGAGCGUGUCUGCCAUCAUGGCGGGAUGACGUAGACACAAAACUCAGGGAUGUUCCGAGGGUAGAAACACACAAACCUAUUAAAUUUGCUUCAUAAACAUUUUCCACACCUAACUGUGGCCAGUUCAGUUGUGCUGCCAAGUUAAACUCUACUUACUUUUAAUCGUACUAUUUUAGUAUUUUAGUUGUUAGUUCUCUCUCUUGGCCAAAGAAGCAUUUUGGUUGAACUCCCCCUCCUCCCAAAGGAAUGUUGUUCAUCAUUAAAAUGACCUCUGCCAAAAAUCCUAUGUAGAUGUUUAUUAAUCAAACACAGUAGGUUAAUCUGAGGUGUGUAUACAUCAACUGCACAGAACCUGAUUUCUAAUUUUCUGCUGAGAUUUUAGUUUCUGACUCUUUAUUUCAUGCAUUUAGCAGUUUGAGGCAUCUAAAAACAAAAACCAUGAUGCCAUCACACUUAGGAUGAGACUGUUUUUAAGAUAAGUUAAGAUAGAUCUUUAUUGUCACUGUUAUAAGAACAAUGAAAGACAGUUUGGCAUCUCUCCAUUAGCAGCAUAGUAGAUUUUUUUUUACAUUAAAAUUACUUUAUAAUAAGAGAUAAGAGAUACACAGAUACAUACAGAUGCCAGAGUAUUUUCAAGCUUUUUAGAAAUGUGUAAAUGUAGCAUUUCCACAAAAAAGCUUUUUUUCCUGGAAAUGAUUGAUUUUGGCUAUAAGAUUGCAUAUGUGGCCAAGCAUUCUCUUCUACUUAUAAUUUGCAUAAUCAUCACUUGAAACAAAAAACAGGCUUUGUCCUUGUUGAAUAAAGACUUCAUGUUGCGCCUUUUGUAGGCAGUUAUUUAGUGUAACCUGCCAAUUAACCUGAUAAAAGCAAGUACCUUGUUUGACUUCUGCAAAUUUUUUCUAAAGACUGCUUAAACAUUUCCCUGUACUUGACGUUGACGUUAGAAUGUGCACUUUAAUUUCUCUUAGCCUCUGCAUACCCAGGAGGCCAGCCAGAAUCUCAUUAAUAAUGAAGGAGAUGUUACUUAUUAUAGAAAGUCCCUGGGUGAUUUACCUAUUCUGCCAUGUUCGUUGUGUUUCUACCCUGAGAGCAUUACGAUUAGUUCUCCUAAAUAAAUAAAGCUAUUCAAAUGUAUUAAAUUCAAACUAAGAUCAAUGCCACACUUAUAACUAUACACUAAAAAUAAAGCUCAGUUGAGAGCCAGCCUGUGUCUUUGCAAAGGUAAACUCCAAAGUUCAAAAAGCAAAGCUCUCUAAAUAAAAUCUUAGAUUUGUUUCUGUAAUCCAUACAAGAGCUUUUGUUUUUGUUUUCAUUUUAUGUAUCUAUUUAUUUAUUGGGGCAGUCUACUUGUUUGGGAAGGUAAUAAUAGUAACAUGCACAUUAUAUUUUAGGGUGGAAUAUUUUCCAUACUCAGUCAUAUUGUCUUAUAUGGGCCUUAUCUGCUUAAGCUUGUAUUCAAAGCAAAGUUGCCAGAACCAAUUCAUUUGGUGAAAAUAACAGACCUCAGUUUGUGUUACUUAAGUUUAACAUAGAAAGUCACCUGAUUAAAUCUAAUUGAAAUGUCAUAUCACGAUCAAACACUUGUUUGUAGAUCCUCACUGGCUCACUGUGGUAUCUUAGUGUAGCUCUGAAUGGAAUGAGUUGUGCUCAGUCUGUGAUCUGUGCUGUAUAUUUCUGCUAAACUUAAUGCUCUUGUGGUGUAGUUUUAACCGUCACUCUGGUAGUAUGUAUUCCAAGUCCACUGUACAAGAGCUAGUCAGUCACUGCUAAUAACUCAUCUUAAUUUGUCUAACAGAUCAUUUUGAAAGGCAUUUACAGACAUCGUGUGCUACAUGUCAGUCGACAGUUCAAAUGUACAUUAAUAAGAUCUGGGUUUUAAACGCACUUAGCAUCAGGGUAUUUUUUUUAUUUGUCUGAAUGUGUGCAUCACGAGAGGACUAUGAUGAAAGAUGAAUGUGUAAAUGAGCAAAUAAUCAAAUCAUGGCUGGAUUAUGAAUGGGCCUGCUGGGCACAGGUCUAACUGCUAAGACUGCUAGAACAAAACAAAAGGCUUCCAAGAAGUUGGAAUGGGAUCUGAAAGCUCACUAAAGCGCAAUAUGGCUGCAAGGAGGUGGAAAACAAACUGCCAGUAGCUAACAGAUAAAAUGCUAUGUAAAUUGACUAAUUCUCAUUUAACACUUUUCUCUCCCAGAGUACUCAAUACAACAUGCCAGAUUCACCCAAGCAUUGUCUUCUAUGUUUUUAAGUGCUUUCUAACUAACAUUCACACAAAUUGAUGCUGAGAUGGGAAAGCAACUUGGGGUUAUUAUCUUGCCCAAGAAUAUUUGGUACGCAGACUAUGGGGAGCCAGGGAUUGAACCACCAACCUUUGCAAUCAGUAGAGGACCUGCUCUACCUCCUGAGCUACAGCCACCCGUCAGUCAUAUAGCAAUAUGAAUGAUGACAGAGUUUAAAACUACUCCAAAAAGAAACCAAGCAACUACAAAAAUGACACAAAACAACUACAAGAGACGUAAAACCAAUGCAAGAGAUGUCUAAUGACUACAAAAAGAUGCAAAAUGACUUCAGAGAGACCUAAAGUGACUACAAAGUCAUGUAAAAGGAAAAAAACAUAAAGAACCCUACAACGAGACAGGAAAUGACAACGAGUACUAAGGUCUGCAAGAGAGCUGGAUAAAAAAAAAAGAAAGCAACUACAAAGAAAGAGAAAGUCGCUGCAGUGAUAUAAAAUGACCUCAAAGAUGUAUAAAACAAACAAUUGUUGAGGUGCCUAAACUGUACAGAGAUUAAAAUGACUUCAAAGAGAUUUCCCAAAUGACUUUGAAGCAACAAAACAUGCAGAGAGAAUACAACUGUAGAGAUGUUUAAUACUUAAAAGAGAUGCAAAAUCACUUCCAAGAGAUUUGAAGUGGCUACAAAAAUAUGAAAAAAUGACUUCAAAGAGAGCUUAAGUAAAUACAAAUAGAUGUGAAAUUCUAUCUAAAUGACUACAAAAAGAUGUAAAAGGGCUACAGGAAGAAGAAAAACAACUGCACAGACAUAAAACCACAAAAUGACACUGAGACACAACCACAAAGAUGCUUAAAACAACUGCAUACAACUACAAAGACACACCAAAGAACUUCAAAUACAUGAGGAACAACCACAAAGGGAACCACAGCAAUCAAUAAAAGAAAAAUCAACCACAGAGGGAAAUCAAAGCAGCGCAAAAUCACCAAGAUGUUUGUGGAAUGUAAAGUUACAAGCAGAUGCAAAACUACUAUAAAGUGACACAAAACAAUCACACCAAGUAUUUACAAAAUGUUUUGGUCUUCAGUGCAAACUCCUGUGCCCAGGGGGCGUGUUUGAAUAAUCCCUCCAUGGAAUAACUCUAAAUCUGUCCCGAUUUAAAUGAAAAAUGUUCCAACACAACCAGCAAAAAAACAGCAACUCAAAUUGUUCUGCGUUUAAAAAAAAGGCUUUUAUUCUUUUUUCUAUUCUAUUCUUUUAACCAUUUGGUUUAUAUUUUUUGUACUACUGUUCACUUUAUGAAUUUUAAGCAAUUACUUGAAGUUGAGAUUGUAACUUAGCACUGACAAGUUUGAGGUUAGCCCGAAAAUUUCAUGUUCUUCAUAAAAUGUCAUAACUUUUUCAACAUAAGUUGAAAGUGAAAAGAUGAGUGGGCAUCUGUUCUCUAAUGACAGAUUCUGAUCUACUGGUCCUCUUGCCUUCAACUCCACUUUUUAUUCUGGUUACAGAACUAAUCAUUGUGUUGAUGAGAUAGCAAUUGAAGUCAAACUUGGACUGGCAAUACUUUCAUGUAAUACUAACUCGAUUAUGAUUAUUGAACAAUUUAUUGUCAUUUAGAACAUUUCUGGUAAAUCUUAUACGAUUUUAAAUUCCAACAAAUGUGUGUUUCUUUAAGAAAGAAAGAAAGAUUGUUCUGUUCUGCAGUGACAGUUUAAAGUGAGCAGCUGAAGCAAAUAUUAGGUGUAAAUAAGAUACUGCAGACAUGCAGGUAGGCUUGUUCCUGUGAAUGCUGUAAAGCAGUAUUCUCUCAUCUGUAAUAAGAACUGUUUAUUUUAGCCCUUCACAUUUACAUACAUUUAUGUAUUAACAUACAUAGAUGCCAUAAAAUUUCUAAAAAGCUCUCAUUUCUAAAGCAUAAAUUUUUCCUCAUACUGUGUGAUCCGAUUAUGUAAUUGUCAGAUGUCAGUGACAAUCAUGAUAAUCUGAAUUAAUGCAUUGCUAUCCAUGAAAAGAUUGAAUGAAUGCCUUAUGGACACAAUCAUGAGGUUUUCUCAGCAUCGUUUGCAUUGUUAUGAUUUGUGCACGAGCUGUGCGCCCAUCAUGCAGCUGCAUUGUGGGAAAGGUUUGGCUAAAGACAAUGAAGAGGCUAAAACAAUUCCCUGUUUUACCAAAAGCCAUAAAUCUGUGAGGGAACUGGUGUGACAAUGUGGAAAGCUACCUCCUCCUCUCAACAUUAAUGUAUUAUGUACCAAAAUGUCUAAUAUAACAAUCAUGUAAGUGAUCACUGAUGUAAACCUGCACUGUACUUUGAUGUGACAGUCCUGCUGUUAAGUGCUGCUGACUUUUGAAAACAGGAUGACAGAAGGACCAAAGGGUACAUCUACCAAGCAGCAAAUGAAAGGUGGCUGGUUUGAUUCCAGACAGAGACACAAAUUUUGUUUGCGUCAGAAAGGUCAUCUGGUGUAAAAUAUCUGGUGCCAUAUCAAACAUGUGGAGCUACCUGCUGUGGCGACCCCUUGUAACAAAGGAGCACUCAAAACUAGCUCUUUAGCAAACAGCUAAUUGUUAAUGGUAGCAGCAACCAUCUCAGCCGGCUUCAUUUAGCACAUGUUUAGGUGGGCACAUGUUUAUUCUCAAGGCUCCUGUUCCUGAAAUGUUUAAUUGAAAUACACAUACUAGAUAAUGAAGAUUUGACAAGUUGCUUUGAUAAUGACUUUUAGUCUCACAUGCGCAAUUUGAAUUAGAUGUGGAUAUUUGAUCUUCUUGUUUAAUUACUUUAAAAUCUUUAAAAAAAUUGGAAUGCAAGGUACCAUUCUUGAGCAUGAUAAAACGUAUUUUGUGCAUACGUCUUCUUUUUUUUGCAGCUAUAGUAAUAUCUUCCAAUGGUCACUUUUUAAAGAUUGUUUUGGGACUUUGGAGAUUCCGUAUUAGCAGCUUUAAGUCUGUUGCAUUAAAAUAUUCCUGUGGUGUAUUUUUACCAUGUGGAACUUUAAAGCCAAGGAGAAUGCCCACGCUGGUACUGCAGGUGUGCUGAAAAAUGUAGCUGUACCUCUGUCCUAAGAUACACCUGAACUUCCUGUUGUAGUGUGCUGUUAUGUCAGCGUACAGUGUGUGGGGGUGACUGAUUAUAUAUACGUCCCCUGUAGACACGUGAUUUAAAUGCAUAUGAAAGGACUACAGAGGAUGUUUGGGUUUGUUUUGUUUUUUUAAAUCAGACAAUAUUUGAAUGUGUACUGUCACUUUACGCUUUAGUCCUUGUCUGACUGUGUGUGUUCCCUAACCUAUAGUAACUAACGUAACAGAGGUGGAGUCAUUUAACAUCCUUCCACUGAGGACAUUCAAUGCCUUGUGUAGGAAUUUAGCUGACAUCAUAAAUAUUGCCAGAUAAUAUCACGUAAAUAAACUAUUUUAAUGGCAACAGUAGUGUGUACAGGUAAAGACAUCAGUAGGCUACAUCUCCCACCACACUGUAUAAAGAAAGAGCAAAAGCCCCUAUAUUAAAGAGCAUGGAGGAAACCUCUGCUUUGCCUUUGUGUUUAUUCCCACACCAGCUGAUCUGAAGCAACAUGAGAAAUGCAAUGCCUUGAGACCGAACACAAAUGUGAGCAGAAAGACUUUAUUUGUUUACAACAUUAUCAUGGUUACAUUCGUAUAUAAACUUUUAGAUUUUUCUAGCGUUUGUUUUUAUAGAAUGACAGCGGGUUGGGUUUUUUUGUUUGUUUUUUAUCAGAUUGCAUACCUAGAAAAUUAAAGGAAUACAUGCAUCUGAACGCGAACAGCAUUAAAAGGAGAAAUUUUAUAUAACAAGUAGAAAUUCACAACUGUGAGCUCUGCUGAGUCUUGCUGUGCUCAUCAGUCAAGGAAGGAAUUUUACAGAGGAUAGGCCUUUAACAAAACUUAGCAGAGGACAGCAGUUCACUGGAUAAACCCAUGACGGGUAAUUUAAAUGCUUUCAUUUGACCGAUUGAUUUUUCAGCAUCAAAUUUAAGCUUUCAGUUUUCUCUCAUUAACAUGAAGCAUCACAAACACAACAAUUAUGAAAAAAAAAUUGUUGGAACUUGAAAUGGAUAUAGGAGAGAGGACCUCUUAUAAGGUUAAUGGAAAGUGCACUUAGUGGGUCUGCCUGGCGCCGACCCCUCCAAACAAAAACCAACUGUUUCCUCGAUUCUUUGAAGCACAAAGCCUCACAGGACUCCUGCAGCCUGUGGUGCGCUGGGCACUUGCUAACUCAUGUCUUUUACUCUGUCAUAGCUCUUAAAGAGUGUUUGUGGACAGUCCCAGCUGCAUAGGUUAAUGAUAAUGUACUGCUGCUUCCUUUCCUUACACUUGCUCCCCGGAAUGUGCACACGCACCAUCUGCAAACUCAAUGUCAGAGGCUGGAAAUGUGUUACAAGGAUAUGUCGCCAUCUCUUGGAAAAAGCGGAAACUGCUACUCAGACCUGGGUGGUGAAAUGUUGGGAUUCUUUUUAAUGUUGAAAGAAAAAGAAAGAACGGUAAACACCACCAUCACUUUUCCUGGCCAUGUAAAAAUGACUGUACACUGGAAUCCACAACACAUCUCUUCAUAUGAGUCUGCAGGUGUUAAUUCAGCUCAGAUUAUUUACACGUUAGGGGUUGGGUGCAGGGAUCAGGAGGGCAGCUGAAUAUCUGUGUGGACGGCUCUGAUGGCUGUCCGUCAGCUUUUACAGCAUUAUGAAAAGGUGAAUGACUCAUCUCCACACUGAGCAGGAAGCUCUGGACUCAUGAUGGUAUGCAUGGCUUUUUUAAAAAAAA